AUGAGCGAUGAAUUGGACGCGAAACGACGCCUUUCCACUCUCGACAGACCAAUUUCUCCGCCCCCAACCCGCCCCCUCACGCGUAACGGGCCGACUGGUAAUGACUCGCUGGCUGCCCUCGAAGCGGGGAAGGAGGAGACCCAAAAUGCCGUCGAAAGAAUCUCCGCACGUCUCCGCAGAUACGUUGUGGACCGAAACAACAUCCCCAAACAAGUGAGCCUGAUUACAAUUGAUGCCUGGAAAGCUCUCUACAAUCGAAAUUGUCAUCCAACUGGCCGUCACUUCGUCAUCCACCAACACGAUCAUCCAAUUGCCGGCCCGCACUAUGAUCUCCGCCUGCAGUUCUCCGAAUCCAGCUCGCUCAGCUGGAGCGUCAUGUAUGGACUACCUGGGGAUCCAAACAGUCGGCGGUUGAAUCGGAAUGCAACCGAGACAAGGGUCCAUGCUCUGUGGAAUCACCUCAUCGAAACCGCGAGCGCAAGGACCGGUAGCAUGAUAAUAUGGGACACUGGAGAAUAUGAAGUCCUCCCAGACAAGCCGAAAGGGUCCAACAUUGGUCCGGAGACGGACGAGAGUGAACCCGAGACACAUUCCGCAUCUGGAGUAGGAGGUUCGGGGCUACCAGAGAGUGAAAAGCUUCGAAACGCAUUCCAAAACAGUAAAAUCCACCUCCGCCUUCACGGAACCCGUCUUCCCCAUGAUUACACCAUCUUCCUCCGCCGGGACAAGACCGACUUCCGCUCCGCACCGACCGUGGCCUCACUCCUACAAAAGCCUAGGAAGCGUAGACGCAGACGGACCGCGAAAGCUCAACCGGAUAGUACGUCGGACUCCGAAUCGGACACAGACAUCACCCUCCUGUCAGACACCAAAAGCCCAGGAACAGGCAAGCGCCAGAGGGACGUCAACAUUGGCAACGAGCCGGAGCCCGAACAUUCAGACGCUGAAGGAGGGGAUAAAGACGUCGACUUCCAGAUCAGACUGAACAACGCGUAUCCCGGCGCGGUCAACGACAUUGGCUCCAUUCAUCAACGGCGAUGGUUCAUCAUGCUCGACCGCGCUGGGUGUGGGUUCGUUCCUGAGAAGCUCGCCGGCGCGAAUGGGGAAUACACAGGGGAGAAGAGAUGGAUUCGCGGGGUUGAUAAACGGUUUGGCACAAGGACAGGAUUUGAGCCAUUCCAUGUACAUGGGCCUGAGGUCGAGAGAAGUGUUGUGACAGGGCGCCGUGGGCCUGAUGUGCUCCGCGAUGAAGGUGCAGAGGGAUUUGUAUCAAGAAGAGGUUGGAAGCCUGUAAUUUUCUAG